AUGGUGGUGACAAUGAAGGCUAUUCUACAAUUGAUGUUAAUUCUGGAGCUCAUUAUAGGAAUUUUAGGAAAUGUAUUCAUAGCUCUGGUCAAUAUUAUAGACUGGGUUAAAAGAGGAAAGAUCUCUACAGUGGAUAAGAUCUACAUGGCUUUGGCCAUCUCCAGGACUGCUUUCGUAUUGUCUUUCAUCAUAGGGUUUUUAUUAUCAUUAUUGAACCCAGCUUCAUUGGGAAUGAGAAUGAUAAAACUCAUUACUAUUUCCUGGACAGUGACCAAUCAUUUCAGUGUCUGGUUUGCAACAUGCCUCAGCAUCUUUUAUUUUCUUAAGAUAGCCAAUUUCUCAAACUCCAUUUUUCUUACUCUCAAAUGGAAAGUUAAAAAAGUGGUUUCAGUGACAUUGGUAGUGUCUCUGAUAAUCUUGUUCAUAAACAUUAUAGCCAUAGACAUAUUCCCUGAGAGAUUUCAAGUAAACAUACUUCAGAACUGUAGUACAAAUAACAUUUUAAAAACUUAUAGGCUCUUUUUAUUCAUUAGCACUAUGUAUACACUUAUCCCAUUUACUGUGUCCCUGACAAUGUUUCUUCUGCUCAUCUUCUCCUUGUGGAGACAUGUGAAAAACAUGCAUCACAACGCCACAGGCUCUAGAGAUGUCAGCACAGAGGCCCAUAUAAAAGGCUUGCAAACUGUGGUCAUCUUCUUAUUACUAUAUACUGUGUUUUUUAUGUCACUUCUUUCACAGUCUUUGAAUAUUAACAUUCAAUCCUCAAAUCUUCUUUCUCAUGUUUUACGGAGUAUAGGAAUAGCUUUUCCCUCGGUCCACUCCUGUGUCCUGAUUCUUGGAAACAGUAAGCUGAGGCAUGCCUCUCUUUCUGUGAUAUUGUGGCUAAGGUGUAAGUACAAACACAGAGAAUUGGGGUUUCUAAAACAUAUUAGAGAUCCUUUUCCAUAUUCUAGAAAAAAUCAGUUAAUAAGAACUGGAGUUUAG